UCAGGUCUGAGGGCCUUCCUAGAAAUCCCUUCAUAGAGGGUCCACCGUUGUAGUCUUCGCUUAACAAAUAAUAACUGUCCACUUCGGUAGUCACUUGAUCUGGAUUGACAGUCUCUUUUCAACAACCACCGGCGACUUUCAAAAAUCAAAGAGAAAGGCAUUCUUCAUUUUGUUGUCAUUUCUUUUUCUCAACUUCUUUUUCUUACAAACAAAGUAACUAAUGGAUGCAAUUCAGACAGAAACCCUCCUGUCACUCUCAAAUUCUGUCAAGCUGCUGAUACAAAAGAUUGUUUCUAUAGACAACUUCCCGAAGACGAAGCUUGAUGUUUCACUCUUGACAAACCUGAAAAGAACGCUGGUGGAUCUUGAAGAUGUACUUUACUAUGCUAACAACAAACUCGUCACCACUCAAGCUAACAACAAAUCGCUGAAUUUCUUGACGCGUGCUGUUUUUCAAGUUGCCAAUUUGCUUGACGAAAACCAUUCUUUACGGUAUGAUGAUAACCAGAACAAAAAUCAUUCUCGUUUAACUUUUUUCAUUGCACUGAUUAAGUCUAAAACGGGAAGUUUAAUUCAAAUAUUACACGGCUUAAGUUCAAGAAAACAACUUGGUUAUGAAUCUACUAUAUAUGGAAGAGACACUGAUAUUGAGAAACUUAAGCAUCUUUUGUUGUCUAGAGAUAGUGAUGGCGAUAGUAAAAUAAGAGUGAUUUCUAUUGUCGGUAUGGGAGGGAUUGGUAAAACAACUCUUGCCCAACACCUUUACAAUCAUCCUCAAGUUAAUGACAAAUUUGAGUUAAAAGUAUGGGCAGAUUUCUCAAAUGAUGAUGAUGAUUUCAGUGUUUUUGAAAACGCUCUUGAAUCUAUUACUUCACAAACAACCACUAAUGAUACAACUGAAAUCAAGACCUUUUACCCAAACUUUUUACUGGUAUUGGAUGGUGUGUGGGAUGCGAGAUUUGUCAAUUGGACAUUACUCAUGGAUAUCUUUAAUGCCGGAGAAACAGGAAGUAGAGUCAUCGUCACAACACGAGAUGAGAGAAUUGCAAUAUCCAUGUGUACCUUUCUUUCUGUCCAGUAUCUGACACCUUUGAAAGUUGAAGAUUGUUGGUCUUUACUUGCCGAACAUGCAUUUGGAGAACAUCAACAAUCCUAUCCAGAAGGAAUUGGCGCAAUUAAAAAAGAAAUACAUGAAGAAAUUGGAAGAAAAAUUGCAAAAAGGUGUGAUGGAUUACCAUUAGCUGCUGUAGAAUAUGGGGCUCUUCUUCGCAUCUCAUUGGACCCAUAUGAUUGGAAUUAUGUGCUAGAAAGUCACGUUCAGGAAACAGCUUAUGAGGUGCUAGCUUCUCUCAAAUUAAGCUACAAUUUCCUUUCUGAUCCUUUAAAAAGGUGUUUUCAAUAUUGUUCAAUUUUUCCAAAAAAGUCCAUCUUAGAAAAAAAGAUGGUAGUUCAGUUGUGGAUUGCAGCAGACUUACUAAGAUUCUCGUCUACAAAUCAAGAAAAAGUUGGAGAAGAAUACUUUGAUGAACUAGUGUCAAGGUCUUUGAUACAUCGACGAUCUAUUGGUGAUGAUGAAAGAAACUUUCGAAUGCACAACUUCAUCCAUGAUUUAACUAUAGAGGUUACACCUUCAGAGGUUUUUUCUCCAUGUUGUACCGAUAUGGACAAACAUAACCGAGAGUAUAAAAUGCGCAAUUUCUCAUACAUUAGAGGGACAUAUGAUUCAUAUGACAAAUUUGAUAAAUUACAGGGAGUAAAAGGUCUGCGUAUCUUUCUAGCAUUCCCAUUACAAGAACAAUUGCCUCUUUCUUUGCUAUCAAGUAAGGUACUAAAUGACUUGCUUCCAAGGAUGAGACAAUUACUGGUGUUGUCUCUGUCAAACUACAAGAGUAUCACCAAGGUUCCCUACUCUAUUGGAAAUUUGUUAAACUUGCAAUACUUAAAUCUUUCUCACACAAAUAUUGAAAGGUUGCCUUCUGUAACAUGCAAGCUUUACUAUCUGCAGUUUUUGUUGUUGGCAGGAUGUAAAAGGUUUACCGAAUUGCCAAAGGACAUGGGAAAAUUGAUUAAAUUGCGCCACCUUGACAUUAGUAACACCGCAUUGAGGGAAUUGCCGGAGGACGUGGGAAAAUUGAUCAACCUAAGCAUCCUUGACAUUAGUAACACCGCAUUGAGGGAGAUGCCAGUACAAAUAGCCAAACUAGAAAAUCUCCACACUUUGUCUGACUUUGUUGUCAGCAAACAUAAUGGUGGAUUGAAUAUUGCAGAUCUAGGAAAACUGGAUCUACAUGGAAAACUUUCAAUCUCACAGUUACAAAAUGUUAAUGACCCCUCUGAAGUAGAUCGAGCCAAUAUAAAGAUGAAAGAACAAAUAGACGAGUUAGCUUUGGAAUGGGAUUGUGGUAUUACUUUUUUAGAUUUACAAAUUCAAAGUGUUGUACUUGAAAAAUUGCAACCCUCAACAAGUUUGAAAAGUCUUACCAUCAAAGGCUAUGCUGGAAUCAGCUUUCCAAAUUGGCUAGGUGAUUCUUUAUUUAGCAACAUAGUGUAUUUAAGGAUCUCAAAUUGUACUGAUUGUUUAUGGCUUCCACCCCUUGGACAGUUGGGUAAUCUGAAAGAACUCGUUAUUGAAGGGAUGCAAUCAGUAGAGACAAUUGGUCUCGAGUUCUAUGGAAGUGAUAGUUCUUCAUUUCAACUGUUUCCCUCUUUGGAGACUUUACAAUUUGAGGAUAUGCCAGUGUGGGAGGAAUGGAACUUGAUUGUUGGUACAGCUACAGAGUUUCCUAGUUUAAAAUCUUUGUCACUGAGUAAGUGCCCAAAACUGAUGGUAGGAAACAUAAUUGACAAAUUUUCUUCCUUAACUGAACUUGUAUUAAGAGAAUGUUCUCUGCUGGAGCAAUCAAUUCCAUCAUCACAUCAUGUAUUCAAGCAACUGAUGUUCCCUCUGAAUCCUCUUAGACACUUGACCAUAGACGGCUUUCCAUCUCUAAUUUCGUUCCCAACUGACGGUCUACCAAAAACCUUGAAAGUUCUCAUAAUCAGUAAUUGUGAGAAUCUAGAAUUCCUUACUCAUGACUACUUGCAUAAUUAUACAUCACUUGAGGAAUUGAAAAUAUCUUAUAGCUGUAGUUCAAUGAUAUCUUUUACCUUAGGCACUCUCCCUGUCCUCAAGAGUCUGUUUAUUGAAGGUUGUAUAAAUCUGAAAUCAAUAUUAAUUGCAGAAGACGAGUCGGAAAAGAGUCUCUCAUUUCUUAGAAGCAUCAAAAUAUGGGAUUGUAAUGAACUGGAGUCAUUUCCCCCAGGUGAAUUGGCAACUCCAAACCUUGUUUAUAUUGCACUGUGGAAGUGUGAGAAACUUCAUUCACUGCCAGAAGCAAUGAACAGUCUAGCUGGCCUUCAAGAAAUGGAAAUUGAUAAUCUGCCAAAUCUUCAAUCUUUUGUCAUAGAUGAGUUACCUAGCAGUUUACGGAAACUGUCUGUUGGCCCUAUUGGUGGGAUUAUGUGGAAUACUGAGCCAACUUGGGAACAUCUCACUUGUCUCUCGGAGUUGCGAAUUAACGGUGAUGAUGUGGUGAACACGUUGAUGGGGCCAUUGCUACCAACAUCGCUUGUGAAACUGUGUAUUUGUGGUCUUAAUGAUACAAGCAUUGAUGAGAAGUGGCUUCAGCAUCUCACUUCUCUCCAAAACCUUGAGAUUAUUAACGCUCCCAAACUCAAGUUGUUGCCAAAGAAAGGAUUUCCUUCCUCUCUUUCUAUACUAAGUGUGACUCGUUGUCCAUUAUUGGAAGCAAUUUUGCGGAACAAGUGGGGGAAAGAAUGGCGUAAGAUUGCUCACAUUCCCUCCAUAAUUAUUGAUGACGAAUUGAUCACCUGAGUCUUGUUCUGGUGAGUCUUUCAAAUACUUAUCUUUUUGUUUCUUUCAUAUUAUGUUAUCAUCAAUUAUUGUGAAUUUCAAUAGUAACGUAGAAAUACAAUUAUUGUAUUUUGUGUCACCCUGCAUCUUCCCAAUCUUGCUACUGUAAGAAGCAAAUUCACCUCAAAACCUGCUACCAAGUUCAGUAAAUUGUUUUACUGUUCAGGAAUGAUGAAAAAGAGAAAACACCACUGACUCCAAAUAUGUUGGGUGUUCUUUUAGUCUAUAUGACUUCAUAUAUAUUUAAAUGAGUUGGUUUUAAUUGUUGACUGUAUAUCAACCUUUUUUAACAUGGUUUAACUUCCUCUAUAUUCUAUUAGUCUAAUACAUAUCAUUUGUUUAUGCAUUUCCAUAUUUGUGUUUAUUCAAAUGUCUUGAAUUGAUUUUUUUUCCUUAUGUUAGUCAAUUAGGAAUGAUGAGGUGAAUCGUGAAAUAAUUGAAUUUAGCAAUACAAAAAGAAAUGACAUGAUUGAUGCAAUUGGCCAGGCUUGACAUGUAGUUUUUCUUGUUGGUAAUUAGUUAGGCUUUAUCGUGUACUCCGUUUGUGUUCCUUUAGAAAAACCGGAAUAGUGAGUUAUAGUAAUUUAGAUUGUUUGUUUUAUUUUCCCCGAGUCCUAUAUAUGUUAGUUCAUUGUUAAACACUGACCAACUCCAUCAUCAUUAGUGCCUAAAAUACUGUCCAUGUCGAAUAUUGUUUGCUUCGGGCUACUGUGUGUUCUACUAUAAAUUGAACACCAUCAAACUUGACAUGUUAUUUUUAUGUCAGGUUUGUAUUUUCUCAACUGGAGGUAGAUUCGCCCAAUGGUUUUCUCCACAAAUCCGAAUGAUGUAUGGGAAUAUGCAGGCCUUCGUUGAGAGGUCCUCGACAAAAGUUAAGUUGAGCAUUCAUCCUAUAUUUCAUGCAUUCAGAAAACGAGCCAUGCAGGCAAGAGUUCAGUUGAGCAUAGCAACAAUAUAUCCAGCUCUGUUGCUGACAUUGCAGCAGAUUCAUCUUUUUCGUUAUUUUCAAACACACUCAAAUUUGAACCAUUUUCUUGACCUGUAAGAGGACAUGAGAUUAAUCAGUAAAAAUAUACCCAUUUGGACUGAAGGGUGAUUGUGUAACUGGAACCAAGAUGGAAGCAGUGGCUGGCAUCUCAGCUCAGGACUCAGAAAAGAAGAUAAUUGCUUGAGCAACUCCUACAAGCAGCAAUUAUCUACAAGAGUUGAUUUUGCAGAAACUAGUUUGCCGCAUAGCGUUGGAUGCAGUAGAGGAUCCUUACUCAUGAAAAUCAAAGAGGAGAAGUGUUUUCAUAUAAGCUGCAUUUUUAUGUGAUUUCUAAUGCCAUUCUUAUUCUUGAAAACUUAGGGUGACUUUUUAUGCUAGAAGCACUUUUCCAAGCUUUGUGGUGGUGUUAUUUGAAAAGAUUCUUUCUAGUACUUUUGGUUCUACAAUACAAUUUUUCACAUGAUGCCUUGUUAUUUUCACAUGAGCAGUAGCCUAAAAGACGAUUUGUUCAAAUAUAUCAAAUUAAAAAUAUUAUUAGAACCUGGUUAAGUGUUAACCGGUAUAGUAAUGUAAUCUUAUGUAUUAUAUAUAUUUUUACGUUGGCCUUAUGAUCAAACACAGAUGAAAUUAGAUACUACUUCUUCUGCCAAAAUCUUCAAGUAUUAUACAUAUUUUUAUUCAAUAUGAAACUCUUAGUCAUACUUGAUAUAUAAAUAAUUAUAACAUUUAAUUUUCUCCUGAUAAUAUUAGAACUGAUGUGGUCGCACUAGAGAGUUAUUGGUUAAGCCGUAUGACUAAUUCGGAUAAAGUCAAAUGAUUCCGUCACACAACUUAGUCUCGAU